GCCCCAGCUCUCCUCUCUGCCUUUAUACAUCCGCAGGAGGACCUCGUCAUCGUCGGCUCCUUCCCCCUUUUCUUUCGGAGCGAUGGCCGCGGUCGUCAACCUGUCAGUUACUUCUCUCGAGUAUGUCGGCGGAAUCAGUCUCCCUCGAGUCGAUCAAUGCCGGAGGCUGCGGCAUCUAGGGGCAAUUGAAGGAGUAGCGUCUUCUUUGUGUUCGUUGAGGGUGCGCCGGAAGAGGAUCGGCUUGCUUCCGUGCAAAGCCUUCGGAUCGGAAGAUGGAAGGGGUUCUAGUACGGGGGAUGGAGAUGGAAAUACGGGCGGUGUUGAGGAGAAGAGUUAUGUUUUCUCUUCGAAGGCGAAGCGGAAGGGGCCUCUUUACUCGCUCAAAUCUUUACUUGUUAGGAUUUCAGGAGUGAAGUCUCCGCCUGAAGGACCGUAUAGGAAGAUCGUGGAGAAAGCUGAGGAUAUCUUCUUUUCGGUUUCUACGCAAGUAGGAAGAUACCUUCUUACUAUGAUGAGUACAGGUGUUAUACUUGCAAUUGGAUUUCAGUUAUCAGGUGGGGAUGCUGAGAUGAACGCACUGAUUUGGUAUAGCUGGCUUGGUGGGAUAAUUAUUGGGACAAUGAUAGGGGCAAACAUUGUUUUAGAGGAAUAUUGCAAAGCUGGUCCUCGCAAUGUUGUCAUUACAGGAAGCACAAGAGGAUUAGGUAAGGCUCUUGCUCGUGAGUUUCUUCUCUCUGGUGAUCGUGUUGUGGUUGCUUCCCGCAGUCCUGAGUCGGUGCAAUCAACUGUAGAAGAACUUAAUGAAAACUUGAAGGAAGGUAUGUCUAUUGCUGGGAGCAAAAGAAGUGUGAAACUUUCAAGUGCUAAAGUUGUUGGCAUUCCCUGUGAUGUUUGCAAGCCUGAUGAAGUGAGGGACUUGGCCAAUUUUGCUGUCAAGGAACUUGGCUCAGUUGACAUUUGGAUAAACAAUGCUGGGACUAAUAAAGGUUUUAGGCCACUCUUACAGUUUACGGAUGAAGAUAUUGAUCAGAUUGUGUCCGCGAACUUGGUUGGGUCAUUGAUCUGCACAAGAGAAGCUAUACGGGUUAUGGGAGCUCAAGGGAAGGGGGGUCAUGUGUUCAACAUGGAUGGGGCUGGUUCUGGGGGAUCAAGCACGCCUCUGACUGCUGUCUAUGGCUCAACAAAGUGUGGGCUUAGGCAACUUCGUAAUUCACUUAUGAAAGAGUGCAGAAGGUCCAAGGUCGGAAUACACACCGCAUCUCCGGGAAUGGUUCUAACGGAUCUUCUUCUAAGUGGUUCAAGCCUCAGAAACAAGCAAAUGUUUAACAUCAUCUGUGAGCUACCAGAAACUGUGGCCAGAUCAUUGGUGCCAAGGAUAAGAGUUGUUAAGGGUAGCGGCAAAGCUAUAAAUUACUUGACACCCCCUCGCAUUCUGGUUGCCUUGGUCACCGCUUGGCUUCGCCGUGGUAGAUGGUUCGAUGAUCAGGGUAGAGCACUCUAUGCGGCAGAAGCAGAUAGGAUUCGUAACUGGGCCGAAAAUCGGGCAAGAUUCUCCUUCACAGAUGCUAUGGAGAUGUAUACAGAGAAUGCCUGGGUGUCUGUUUUCUCUCUCUCAGUUGUCUGUGCCUUUAUAAUACUCUCCAGCUCAACUAAUUCCGUUCAUGGCACAUAAUUUACUCGGCAUGAUGAUCAUUUAGGGUUUUGGAGUAAACUAUAUUAACAACAACUAUAAAAUUCCUCCAAAGCAGAAGAAGAAAAUUGCAGGAAUACAGAAAAUCAUUAUCAACCUUGAUAAUCUGCCACAAAGAAGGUAUUUUUUGUUUCCUUUCAAUCUUUUGUUUAAAGAAAUUCUUCUGUGAAUACAAAGGCAAGUUGUAUUUUUCAACUUGUAUUCUGAUAAUCCCUAGUGGCUUGUAAGGCGGGCUUAAUUAGUUUACUGUAUGGAACAGCUACUGUGCAUUGAAUCCUUGUAACUUACAGAAGAAAUCUAUCUAUAUCAUUUGUUUUUUACUC